AUGGCUCCCAAGCUUGAACUGUGCUUCAAAUUCCGCGGUUAUAUCUCGAAACAGAAUACUGUCAAUUUGGGAUCAGUGAAAUCAGGUGCUACUCGCGUCGUAAUUCCUAUCACUCAUGGCUUUAUUGAAGGAAAGGGACUUAAUGCUCAGGUUCUUCCUGGAGGAGGUGAUUGGAUCACGAGCGACUCAGAGAUGAAGGUCGCCUACUUAGAUAUUCGCACUCAGGCACGAACAGCUGAAGGCCAUGCAGUUUCCCUGCGAUACGAGGGUAUCCUUCACGGGGAUGAACAAUCUCGAAAAGUACUAGGAUGGGCUCCAGAUGCAAAGACAACCGAUUUUGGAGAUCACCAGUGGUUUAUUACACCACUAAUGGAGACGAGUGAUCCUAAGAUGAAAUGGAUAGAGGAAACGAUGUUUAUGGGCCAGGGUCAUUUUGUGGUGGAAGAGGUCCAUUCAGCCGUGGAAUACGAGAUCUACAAAUUUGUGAACUAG